AUGGAAAAUCAGCCGAUCUCCUUACCGCAGGAAUCUGAAUGCCACGCAUGCCAAGUUUUUAAAAAUACGGAAAUAGUGCUAAAUCUGAUAAAAAAAACUGUAAAAUCACGGAGUUCUAAUAGACAUUAUUGUUGUGUGUGUAGCAAUUACAGAGGGAAAACUGUUGAUAAUAAAACUGUUACCUUACAUCGGUUUCCAGCUAACAAAAUACUUCAGAAUGCGUGGUUAAAACGUAUCAGGACUGUGAGUGCAAAGUUUGUAUUCAAUGAACGUAAUGAUCGUUUAUGUUCUGCUCACUUCAAGGAUGGAAUAUACGAUAGAAAACUGGUAGAAAACAAUGUACCAUCCGUUUUCAUUCUACAGGAUGGCAGAGUAAAACAAUUUAAAGUUAUUUCGAUCUGUAAUAAAGACACACAGAACGCUGAUCAAAACCCAGCAUUUGAGGACACUGCGCAAGAGGACGAGGACUUCUUGAACUCACCACUGUUUUCCGCUCAUGUUUUGGAGUAUGUUUCUGUUAAAUUACAUGACUAUCAUGGAAACGUUAACGAGGACACAUUUUCUGUUCAUUUGAAUAAAGAAACUCAAACUGUAUCUUGUCAAGUGAAUUGUUCGAUUCAAACCGAGGUUGAAACCGAUAUACAGAAACCAAAGUCUACACGAUCAUUUGGUACGCAGACAGAUUUCAGUGUGAAAAUGUGUAAUAUAGGUGUUCAAACAAGGCGACCGGACAUAACUAUCGAAGAUGUGAAAGGAAGUGAAAUGUGUAUGUUUUACACCGGUUUACCGAAUGUUUCAACAUUCAAUUUACUAUUUGACGAAUUAGUUGAUGCUGAAAUCAACACCUGUCGAGCUGGUAAUGGUGAAAAUCAAGGACGCCCAAGAUCUCUCAGGCUAAUUGAUGAAUUCUUUCUGGUUUUGAUACGGUUAAUUAAGGCUAGGGCUUUUGCUGGAGGAUUUCCAAGUCAACAUGCAGCAACAUAACUAGUAGAUGGAUUACAUAUUUGUCAAUUAAACUUUCAUCCCUAGUACCAUGGCCAUCAAAAGCCACUAUUUUAGAAACCAUGCCCAAAAAAUUUAAAAUAGUACAUGAGCCAUAGGGUUGAUUGGUACCAUCUUGGGGGAUUAAUUCUUAUAGUGAUUUUUGGAAAGGCACACAUCCCUGGAGUAAGAUAAUAUGUGAUAGCAAUGUAUCGAUGGUAGCUUUUGUGUGAUAUCUUGAUAUAUGCCUACACUUAGAUACAAGUUCAUGUGAGCUAAAAUUUAUCAAAUGUAGACAUACGAAUUAUGGAACAUAUGCUUUUCAGUUUGAAUAAUUGUUGUAUUUGUAACAAGUAUUUAAAAACAAACAAAAUAUUUCCUUAAUUUUCGACAUUUUUUGGGUUUGCUUCUUUGAAUAAAUGUUAAUUAAAAUAAUGAUUAUGAAGAACAUCUUAAUAGCAUGGACAACUAGUUAGCAUAACUAUAGCUCAUAAUUACAUUUUCUUCCGAUAGGUGUUAAACCUUGAGGUACCAUUUCCCCCUGUCUUCCCUAAGGAAUCAAGGAAUAUUCAACAUUAUGACUUUCGGAAAGUACAUACCGAAUGCUUUUUAUUCCUACAUGAAUGCCGUUUAAACGAUAUGGCUUUUGUAACUUGCGUGACAUUUAAUAGAUUUCCUAAAAACAUUUAAGACGAUGAAAUAGUGCUACAUAAUGAUUAAGAAAAAGUGCAGUCUGUAGUUUAUUAACAACCUUAUACAUGUAUAACAAUGAAUUGAAUGUGCUUUAAAACAAUAUCUUUCACGUUUUUUUAACAUCUUAAUUAGUGUAAUUUACGUAACACUGAUUUUAUUUCCAACAUUAUAGAUAUUUUACUUGUACUAAUAACCCAAUGACCAAGAUGUUUAUGAUUCUUGAAUAUAAUUGAAAGUACAGACUGAAUAAUGUUUCUUACAACUAUUUUUAUGCAGUGGUAGGAACUUUUCCAUGAUGUAAUCUCCGUAUAAGUUUUAUGUUACCAAAAUGUACAAAACUGAAAUUUCUGAAGUGAAGAAAAUGCCCUGCACAGUUCGGGAAAAAAUUACAACAUUUUAUAAUAAUUAUACAUAAUGUGUGCUGUUGAACUAUAUAUUUACUAGAAUGCAGUGAAUCACCAUCUCAUUUCAAUAGUUGUGCGAAUUUUACGUGACAAUAAUAUGUGUUACCAAAAUUAGUACAAAUCAAUUAUAAAUGUUCAAGAACAUAAUUAUACAUGUAUAUAUACUGAAAUACAUUUUAGAAAUGGGCCUUAAACAAGUAGAAAGCAAAUAGAUACUCAUUGGAACACCAUGGCUUCAUGGGGACAGAAUCAUUCUUAGUUUAUUUGUUAGAAAUCUCCUGACACUUACCUAUUAACAGAAGACACAUAUAUGCAACCUUAAUUAUUUGACCUUCAACCGAUGUUUAUAUAAACAAGUAAAGGAACUUGCUGAUAAUUCAAGCCUUGAAAUCUGUUGAAAGUCAAACAGCGUUCAAAGAGUACUUUCAAAAGUACAAACACUUCCAAAGUGUCAGAGAGAGACAUCACGGAAACGGGCACACUUCUGUAUAUACUUUAUUGAUAUUAUUCAUGAUAUACUGGCAUUAAUACAGGCCACAAAUGUCAACGACCUAGAUGAGCAAAUAGGAGUCUGGCACAAGUUGUGCCCACUAUUAUUUGCGUCCAAUCAUAUGAACGAUGCAAUGUAUCUACCUGCUUAUCCGUUAGUUUAUACUAAUUUGUUUUAGCUCGAUUGUGAUGAAAGCUUCAAGCCUAUUGGUAUCACUCUCGAGUCCGCUUCCUG